AUGACUGAACUAAUGAAUAAAAUUAUUUGUAGUAGCCUAACGCACUACGUAAAUGAAAAUCAAAAACAAUGGUCCUUAUACUAUAAAAUGGUAGUUUUUGCAUAUAAUACUUGUCCUAGCUCAAGACUAAAAGUCAGCCCAUUUUAUUUACUACAUGGCAUGGAAGCUAAUCAACCAUUGGACAACAAAUUAAUGUCUGGAGAAAAAGAAACAUUUAAUCUUACAAAAUCUCUAAAACAAUUACAGAUAAUUAGAGAAACUAUACCAGGAAUAAUAAAAACGAACAAUCAAUCCAGAAAAAGUUAUACGAUCAAAAACACAAAGACAUUAACUUCAAACCAGGACAGAAGGUAUUAA